CUCGCGAUUGUCACGGAGUGUUCUAGAACUGCAUUUAUCCACGCUGUAGCACAGCAACCAAACAUAACGCCACUGUUGACCGAGGAUACGCACGGAUCUCUCGAGCUCCGCGUUUUGUCAAAGUAAAUUUGCAUGUUUCGUAUUGAAAAAUGGGGGUUCUCGACAUGGCGGCGUCAGCGUUCCUUUCAGUGGUACACGUGCUUUCAUUGCUCAGGCCUGGCGGUAAAAGACAGACAGGCGGGACAAAACUCAGCGUAACUGUCCACGAGGGCAAAGUCGGUCGCAAGAGUCAGGGCAAGUAUCUAGUGACAAUGCGCCAUGGCAAGGUAAAGAUGCAAACCGCUAAGAAAAAGUCGGAUGCAUUGAUCUGGGAGCAGUCUACGGAGUUCGUGCCAUGGUCGCCAACAGACCAACUGGUUCUGAAACUUCGUAAGGCGAAGCGCUGCAAAGACACCACAGUGGGUGAGCUCUCCAUCGAUGUUGCAGCCGCACUAGAGUCAGCGGACGGUUUACCACAGAAGUGGUGGUACAUCAUGGACCGACCCAGCAAAGGCGGGCGGAGGAAUGAGGAAGUGUUCUUACAAGUGUCCGUUACUCUCGACGGCGCGGAGGUGAAAAGCCAGCCUACACAGAACCAAGUCCAAGCCAAGCCUCCAGAGGGAAUCGUUGAGGUAUUCCCACAAGGGAAACCAGAGACUUUGUCGGAGCUGCAGAAUCACCAGGGCAAAGCACUGGCCAUGGCAGUUUCCCAGGAAACACAUUUGGACACAUCCCCAGACAACAGCGCUAAGGACAGCAAACCAUCAUCCGUCGCAGGUCACAUCGCAGACGUCAAACAAGACUCUUCAGACACAGCCUCAACUUCAGACACAGCCUCAACUUCAGACAAAGCCUCAACUUCAGACAAAGCCUCAACUUCAGCCACAGCCGACGAGUUUGCUGUUAACGAAGACAGGGACGUCCCACCAAACGACGCGCACCGUUCCUCUGGUAACACGGACGUGACGCCCCUUCAAGUGUCCCGUGCUGCCGAUGGUCCGGAGAGGGAGAGGGAGCUACUAAAGGGUCAAGACCAAGCCAAGACUUCUGAGGGGACAGUCAAGACGGAGCUACAAGAGAAACCAGAGCUGGAGAAUGACAAGAUCGAUGUUUCCCAGGAAAAAGAGCCGGACGCACCAUCGGACAACAGCGGCAAGGACAGCUCACCGCCAGCCACUGCCGGCGACGCCGCAGACGUCAAAGCAGCGUCUUCGGCAUCCGGCCUACCAGUCACAGCUCCAGAUACAGCAGACAAACGCCCUGCUGCCGGAGAAGGCGAUUUCCCAGAGCACUAUCCUCCAGUUGGCGGUGGAGAAGAGAUGGAAGCACCCGACAACAGCGGCGCGGAUACAGACAGUCAGAUGACAACGUCUACUGAAGGAGGAGUGUCUCUUACAACAACCACCACAUCGCCGAAACACAAGGACGCAGAAGAUGCUCAGUACCAAGAAGUCAUGUCGUCAGUCGACAAGCUGGGGGCAGAGCUCUGUCUUGAGAGAGACUAUGCGGAAAAGCUUCUCGCUCAUGCCGACUCCCUUCGAUCCAGACUCGCCACUACCGCACCGCAUGUUCUCCAGUACCCAGUUAUCAAGAACAUUAUCGCUGCCGUGCCCCAUCGCACAUCUUACAAGUUACCCGACACACAUGGGCUAAGUUUGGAGGAGCUGCAAGACAUCCAGAAGACCCUAACCAAGUCGGUACAAGAUGAGAAGGAACGCGCGACCUACAUCAAGCUCUGGUACUGGGAAGAACUGGUCCGCGUGGCUCUGAAAGAAGCGCCUGGAGUAUUUGGACCAGAGGACUGA